AUGGCGCGUCUGGUGGUUUUUAUUAAUGAAAGCAAUAAGUGCAUCGAUCAGAAAAUUGUCGAAAAGUACAAAGGAAAUACGGUAUGCCUAAAAAACGGAAGUCGAGGCGGUGCAGGUGGUUACAUAUCAGGUAUUGUUAAGAUUGAAAGUGAAAUUAUAGCUUAUGCGACUAUCGGAGGCCGAGGAGUUUAUGAUUCACCUAACAAAGGAGGUUAUGGUGGUGGAGGAAACUCUAUUAAUAGUGCUGGAUCUGGUGGUGGUCAAACUGCCGUGAAGUUUAUUAAUAAUGACCUUUGGCAUCGCGUUAUUGUAGGUGGUGCAGGAGGUGGUUCUGAUAAUAGCGGACUAAAUUCACCGAUAGGGAAUCCUGAUGAUGGAUCAGGAGGUUCUGGAGGUGGAUUUAUUGCACAAGGACAUUGGCAUCGUGGUACCUUAACUUCAGAUAAAGUUGCAAAUUCAAGUUUUGGAUUUAGUUUCGGUUAUGGAGAAUCAGGAAGAAAUCGAAAUUCUUUGAAUAAAAAUGGAUAUACAUCAAAUGAUGCAUAUGAGAAAGCAGGUGCUGGUAGCGGCUGGUUUGGUGGAUUUGCAAGACAUGAUUCAAAUAGUGGUUCUGGAGGUGGCAGUUCAUGGGUAUUGACUGAAGACAGUGUCAUUCCAGAGGGAAAUAUUCCUGCAUAUGAUUCAUCGUAUACUUUACAAGGAAAUAAUUCAUAUGCAUUUGGCAACAAAUAUAGAUUUCUUUUUCAUGAUGUUGAAACAGUUCCAGGUAUUUAG